GGGUGCGAACGGGAACGGCGGCAUGAUUGGUGAGUCUCCGCGCGACAGGCAUCGUGGCUUGCGAGAGAGAGAGAAGGACUACCUGCGCGAGAGGGAGAGAGAAGAAGGUAUCGUCGAGGUGGGGGCCAACGCGAUCACGAGCGAGAAAGAGAGCAGCGGGAACGCGAGUGGCUACGGAGGAGCCAAAUCCAAGAACCGAUGCAAGGACCUCCGCCGGGGCAGGCUCAGCCGCAUCUCUGGUCGCGCUUUGCACAGCCGCGGACAGCGGAGCCGUACGUUGAAGACGAGCGAGAACGCAGGGUCAUGCUCGAAAUGGAAAUGGAGAGGGAAAGGAUGAGGGAGGAGGCGAAAUUUAGGGAGAGAAGGGAGAGGGAGAGGUAUGCUGAUGAAGAGGCGAGGGCGAGGGAGGCGAGAGAUGGCGCGGAGGCAGAGAAGGGACGCCGGACGCAGGCUUCGAAGGAAAAAAUGGCGAGGGAGAAGGAGGAAAGGCGGUUGAUCACGCGAGAGGAACACAUGGAGCAGGAGCGCAAGUGGUUGAGGGAGCAGGAGCGAGAGCGGGAGCGGGAACGUGUGCAGAGGGAAAGAGCGGACAUGGAAAGGCGACAGAGUCAGCCGCAGGGUGAGCACCACCACCAUGUUCGGCAUCACCACAGUGUCGGGCCCUCUGGCAAAUCGUCCAAGUCCUCGGGAGGUCCGCCUCACAUUCAGCCUGCCCCCGGUCCGCGGGAGCUACAACCCAUGUUUGCAACUCCAGAGAAUCUUCGACACUCGAAUUCUAUGCAGUUCAGGCAGGGGUCCUCCAAGAUGAUGGACGGUCCUGUCCAUGGCGUGUCGCCGCUUCCUCAUGGACCACCCCAGCCCCAUCAGCACCACCACCAACACGCGCAUCCUUCUCAUCCUCUACAUCAGCAUCCUCCGAUGCAUGUUCAUCCUUCCGCCAUCGGGGGUCCCAAUCUUCAACAUCGCGGCACGCCACCGUAUGGCCCCGGUAUGCACCCAAAUCCCGUCGAGAUGGUGUAUCAUCCCUCUCGUGCAUCACCCCCGCGCAGGACAUCCUCCAAAGCACCUACGAUGCGCCUUGGCACUUUCGUUUAUCCACGUACACCCUUUCCGUUCACCGACUUACCUAGCCCUUCGACUUCCACCUCUGCCUCUGGCCCUUCGGACCCAGUCACGCUUUACCAGUACCGGGCAACGAUUCUCAUCCCCUCCGGAUUCCUUCCGACCCACCGACCUGCACGUCCGCGCAUAUGGGGUGGUGCACUCAUACCCGCUCUUCCCGCCAUCCCGCCGCUCUCUGAGUUCAUGGCGGUGCCCUACCGCGACAGCCGCCCACUCGCGUACGAAGCGAGAAGCAUGCGCAGGGUGUAUACGGACGAUUCAGACCUGUUCUUGUGUGCGCUGCAUGCGGGGUUGCUUACGUGGAGCGAGACGCGGCGCGCGAAGGGCGAGGGGAAGGACCUGCGCGUUGAGGUGAAGAUCACGAACGAGGCGCGCUUCAUUGGAGGCUUUGGGAGCCCGUACGUGAAUGGGCCGGGCUCCGCGGGCGGAGAGAACGUUGGUGUUUAUGGGAGCGAGGACGAUGGGAGCAGUUUGCUGAGUGCCGGGUGGGGGAACAGCCAUGACGGUGCGGGUAUUGAGAUCGUUUCGGCGACUUGGAUGCCGAAGGGUACGGCGCACGCAUCUGGUCUGCGCAAUCGCACGCAGCGACUUGCGGAGUACAAUGAGCGGAGAAACGUUCUGUGUGAACUAUCACGACCCCGCAAGAAACGCCGUUUGGACCGUGCUAUCGUCGAUGACGACUCGCCGGUAGUUCUCGAAGACCAACACCCGGACCUUGAGCUCUGCGCAGCAGCCACCAUCACCUUUGGGGCUGGUAAAGCAUGGAAGGAGAUGAAGUUCAAACAUCCGCCGCCAUCACUCGCAGAGAAGGCUGCUGUGUCCCCCGACGAACGGAUGUCUGACGCGGAGAACAUUCCGCCGAACCCCUUGCGCAAACGGCGGCGUUCAGAGUCACCCAGCGCUGCCCCGACAACCGACGCGCUUGCUCUCGCCCAGCCGGAUCCUGCGAAGAAGGGCAUCGACAUCACCUCGAAGGCAGCCUCGCAGCAGGAGUCGCCGGUUGUUCCUUCACCUGCCGUUUCCGAGGCAGGGAAGACGGCAAUGGUUGUCGAGCCUCCGGACCAACCAGCACAACCGACGUUAUCGUCAUCGCCCUCAGAUCCUUCACCGCGUGUGCCGCCGCCCCAGGAGCUCACCGCCGUGGGUGCUGAUGUCACGAAUAUUGCUAGUGAGAGUUAAUCGUGUAUAUUGUUGAGUGUUGAUUGCGUCCUGUACUUCAUAAUACGAUUUGGGGCUCGUGGCACAGCGCCCUUGCGGAUUGCAUUUGUGCCUUUGAGCGUUCCGCAACGCCGAGGAGAGCAAGUAUGAACACAGACACGAGCUCAAUGCGACUGAUAAUCACACAA